GCAGCUUCACCUUCUUUGUGCUCUCUUUUUAAAAAAUACGCUUUCCGUUUCACUCUUCCUUCUCUUUCCCAUCAUCAGCGCCGCGUCACGUCUUCUCCUUCAGCGACCGUGUGCGCACACAUCAACACUAAAAAUUAAGAGAAAAGAGAUCAAUCAACACAGUUGAAGCACACGCUCCUUUUUUUUUGUCUCUAUACCGUCACUUUGCUAAAAGUGAGUUUGCUGCUCGUGCCCUUCUCGCAUGGGUGUACGCGGACCUCACACUUAAACGUGGAUCUAUUGCUGAUUGCACCAGAUCGGUUCAAAUCCACCUCCUUUCUUUCUCUAUUCCUUGGAGUCACUGUGGAGGUGGUGGUGAAGAUCUUCGAUACACGUAUCCUGCGGCAGUUGUGCGCACAUCAGAAACAAAAACCCAAACUCAGUAAUAUAUAUAUAUAUAUACACGUAAAUGCCAAACGACUGUGAUUUGCUUUUUUAUCAGCAAUAGCGCAAGAAACACUACACGAUAUAUAUAAAGAGAAGAUUAAGUACGUGGUUUAUUUUUCUUCUUAAUUCUCACGCAAACAUCGUAUUCACUUUUCUCUUACAAUCUGUUUCCUUACGCACAUUUUGGCUUUCGUCUUCUCGGUCGUCUUCUAGACAACAGCACGAUCUGUGGAAGAAAAGAGGAGCAAACAACAAAAAAAAGGUGAAAAGGAACACAACUGCGGCUUCAAAACGCACGCAAACAGGUCUAGACCGAACAGGGGCGACAGUUGUUCUCCAAUAUUAUUUCCAUUGUAAUAUUUACUCUUCACAGGGAAGCUGACGCACGUUCGACUUAAUCAAAAAAAGAAAAAGAAAGAAAAUUCAACAACAACAAAAGAGACCACCACUUUUUGACUCAUUGAACUCUUAUUCGCACUUUUAUCACAUCUUUUUCAAAUCUUUUCUUUUGCUCUUGAACUAAAAGCUACCGAAAUAACUUAAAAACUAAUUCAUCAACGACACAUUGAAGGAGUGAAAUGAAGACAACUCAGGAUUUAAACCAAUGCGGCCUCGACUCCCUCGAGCUGAAGGCCUUGAGUGUGCCCUCUUCCCUACGCUUCCUGCUUGGUAUCGAAUAUGACGUUGUGCUGUGUGUAAAUGAAGUCGGCACCCGUCGCCCUUUCCGUCUGCACUUCCCCGUUUUUGCAACGACCUUUCGCAAGCUGCUGACGCUCUGCGCCACGCGCUUCGGCCUCGAUUGCGCGCAUGACGAGUCCGAGUCGGUGCUGAGCGGGACGGCGGUGAUGCCACUGCUGCGCUACGCUGACUAUCUCCCCGGAGCCCUCCAUGUGAAGGAGAUACUGGAGUGUCUGCAGGUGGAACCAGCGGCCAAAGCGAAGAGGUGGCAGCCCCUCGCGUCCCCCUCGUCGUCUUCUUCGCCGACCGGGGGUGCGGCGGGGUCGGAGGACAGCGUUGCGGCGUCGACCAACAGCAGCUACACGAACGAGUUUGAGGCGAGCUUUAUCGACUACUCGGAGUUCGCAUCCGACAGCUCGCUUGACGACGUGCACGGCCUGGGCUUCUACUUAAUGCUAGAUUACGGCUUAAGCCUCGCCACACACAGUCAUCUGGUCGGCAUUCGCUUCCACAAGGAUUGGGACGCCAAGGAGGCAUUGCGAGAGUUCCAGGAGUUUAGCGGUUGGGAGUCGUUCGACCUCCGCUUUUCGGAUGAGCAGCGCCGUCAAGAAGGGGGCGUGAUUGUGAUGCCGUCGUCGCAGGACGCGUGCGACCUCCUUGAGAAGUACGAGGACGAGGACUCCGACGACGAGGGCGACCUGCUUCCGUUUAUUCUACGCCCUGUGUCUCCGCUGGUGUCGGUGCCCUCACUCGAGGAUUCGGCGCUGCGCAAGCUGCGGGAUCAGCACUGGGCCGAGGUGGAGAAGCACUGGUCCCACCUGCCCUGCACGCUCAACACGGUCGUGGUGUUCAACCUCUACGACGGUGCGACGCUGCCCGACAUCCUCGCCUUCUUCGAGCCGCUGGCGAUUGUGACCUCGGAGUUUGUCGAGGACGACUCCCCGUCGCACCGCCGCCGGGCCUUCCUCACCUUUGCGAGCCUCGAGGCGACCCGCAAGGCACUGGACGUGGAUGGGAAGAACACACGUGGGUGCACGCUUCGGGUGCAAGUGUCACCGCCGUACAUCUCGGCCUCUCGUCGCGGUCACGAGGUGAAGUUGGAGCGAGCAGCACCAGCAGGCAGCUCGCCGAAGCUUUCCGUAGCCAACAACAACCCCAACGCCGUUAAGGGGUGUGUGGCCUCUGCGCCUCUCAGCUCCAGCCCGUCGACGCGUGUUGCCACGGACAACGCGGCGCAUGCGAAGCAUAGCGGUGCAGGUGCUCAUGGAGGCGCUUUGGAGAAGCCCGGAGAGGCGAACAAGGCGCCGCCGCACCCGCGCGUUACCUCCGCUACGUCUGCACCCGCAACGGGUGCUACUGCAACGGCUGCGUCCGUCAGCGUCCUGUCGUCCGCGGCUCUCCCCGCGACGGCCACCGCCGCAACAACUGGGAUCACCACCGCUCUCCCCCCUCACCACUCUUCCCCUUCCCCGACCCUCACCCGCCCAGUCAACGCGUCAGCGGCCAUCGCCGGUGCCAUCGCCGCCCGUGCCCAGGCGGCGGCAGCAGCGACGAUGGCCGCAGCGGAAGCCGCGGGAGGAACCAUCGGUCCCUCCCUCUCCACCUUGUCUUCCACCCCCAUCGCCCUCCCGCACGUGCGGCCCCUGCAAACACUGAGCACGACACGAACGAGAGCAUCGGGUCAGCCGGGUCGUCGCACGGCGCGUCACACAUGA